CUUCAAGAAUGAAGGUACAGUGCAGAGCUUCUGGGUAGGAACACAGUCGUGAGGCUGUUUCUGAUGGAAAGCCCCAGCGUGGACUUGGCCUGGGAACCUUUGUCUAGUGGAGAAACCAGUAAGUGUGGGGAAGUAGAAGAGAAACUCCCAAGUAGAAGAGACUCCAACCCUUGAGCUGCAGGGGCCUCGGGGCUGCCAGCCUUUGACCCUCAAGCCUGAGGUGACAUCAUAGCUGUGCCGUGGCAACGGAGGCCUGGAGCACAUUCUAGAAGAGACAAGGUGAGGAGAGGCUGGCCGCGAUGCCCUUGGUCUGAGGUGGUACCCUGGCAGUGCCUUCCUCCACGUGGGGUCAGGAUGGAGAAGGAUACCACCACGCACAGGAGGCACCGGCCUGGCCCCGGGGCCCUGCCCCCAGGAAUGGUCCCCGGACAUCUCAAGGCAGCCAGCGAUGGGGCAGAGCUCCACAGAAGCAGGAGCAUGGGUGGCCUGCACCAGAAGGGGGACCCUCCAAGCCACGUCAGGAAGCUGCGCAGAGAGCCAGAGUCUGAAGACCUGGGGAAGGACCCAAGAAGUGGAGUAGAGGACAUCAUCUGCCAGGCAAGCCUAGAGGAAGACAAGAAAGAAAAAAGUCUAGAUACACGGGGAAAGCUGGAGCCGGACCAUAAGAGUGGGAAAAUAGAGCCAGAGAGUGAGAAGAGUGAUUCUGAAGUCAGCGCCAAGGAGGAGCAGGAUGGAGAGUUCAAGGGAAGACGCACCCCAGAGGCUGAGAAACCAUCAGUGUUUGUGGAGAUUGAUCUGGAAGACCAUGUCGAGGAGGAGCUCAUCUGUGGCGUAGCAGAAGAGAAGCGGCCUGAAGUGGACACAGGGGACUUGUCGGAGGAUGAAACAAGGACCAGCUGGGUGUGCUGCAUCCCAUACCCCAUGAGGAGGAGGGCGCGAGACAGCACAGCAGCCCCGGAGAAGUCCUAGGAAUAGACCAUCCAGGACGUCGGUGGCUGGAGCUUCGUGGUCACCAUCACAGAACUUCAACUCUUCAGCGAAUUAUUCACUAGAGGACAAGCUAGAAUGUGACACGUGUUUGCUGAGCCAUCAAUGACCAUGCCCCGGGCUGCAGCUGGGGCUCAGGGCAGCCAACGACUCCACUGUGCAUCCCUCCGAGCCCUGAGGGAUGCAGACUCUCAUCUGGGCACCCCUGUCCUCAGACGGUGCUUGGUGGUGAGGGGCCCCCAAAGCACUUUCCCGCAUGAACCCCACAGAA